CACCACUCUACGCUCUUCACUCUCUCACCCCGCACCCCCACCCACCCCUCUGGAACCACACAGACGAGCUACAUUGAUUGUAUGACCGAUCGGAGAAGGUAGAAACCCUAGCUCUGCAAUCGAGGCACCGCCGUUCAACGGUGUUGCAGGCAGCUCAUGAGCUGUGAAUAAUGCAUAGCUCGUCCCUGAUUCAAGAGUACAGUGACAGAUGCUCCUUAUUUAUAUAAAGCUCUAGAAUUGUGGUGGAACACAAUGCAGUUGUAGCUCUCACAAUUGGCAUAUCACCACCUGGAUCAAUGAGGAAUGCAACUAUGGCAACUGGAUCGUCUAAUCUUAAAGUGCCUACUAUGCGAAUCACAAGAGCACGGGCAAAAACCUUGGGUUCAUCAGGAGGACUACCACCUCUACACCCAUCUGUCAGACAGGAUAAGAAACAGGGACUUGUAACACAAGGAACAAAAUCCAAAAGACCAGCCCCAGAUGAGAACAAACCAGCUAAUUCUUCUAGUACUGCUUCUCAACAACCUAAGCGAAGGGCUGUUCUCAGGGAUGUCACUAAUGUGCUUUGUGAAAAUCCAUACAUGAAUUGCAUAAAUGGAAGCAAAUUUCAGGUUAAGAAAUUCUCUGAUAAGAGGAAUUCAAAGGUGACACCUGCUAUUUUGGUGAAAAAGCCUGAGCUUGAAGAUAGAAAAGAGAGUAUGAUUGAAGAAGCAAGAAAAGUAAAGGUCGAGGAAUCACAAGAACACUGUUCACAAGCACACUUCAAGGACCACCCAUUAACUCAGCCAAGUGAAUAUAUCACCGCUGCUCAGAGUGGUUUAGCUGAUCUUAUGCCUGUGAAUAGGAGUUCAUGUUAUGGCAUUACCCUCCAGAAUACAACACCAAAAGAUGAAAGCAAGGUUUGCUUGAAACAGGAAGGCUCCAAUUCGCUUGGUAUUGCAGAUAUAGAUUCAAAACACAAGGAUCCACUAAUGUGUAGUCUGUAUGCUCCUGAUAUAUAUAACAAUUUGCACGCCAUGGAGCUUGACCGGCGGCCUGCCUUUAAUUAUAUGGAAAAGCUUCAGCGGGACAUUAACAAGGGUAUGCGAAGUAUUCUUAUUGAUUGGCUUGUGGAGGUUUCUGAAGAAUAUAGGCUGGUUCCAGACACUCUUUACCUGACUGUACAUCUUAUUGAUAGGUUCCUCUCUGAGCAUUACAUUGAAAAACAAAAACUUCAGCUGCUUGGAGUUACUUGCAUGCUAAUUGCUUCCAAAUAUGAAGAAAUUUGUGCACCUCGUGUGGAAGAAUUUUGCUUUAUUACAGACAACACUUACUCGAAAGAAGAGGUAGUAAGAAUGGAAAGUCUAGUUCUGAAUUUUUUGGGCUUUCAACUUACUGCUCCGACCACCAAAAAGUUCCUGAGGAGAUUCGUUCAAGCAUCACAAGCUUCUUAUGAGGUUCCCUCUGUUGAACUGGAAUUCAUGGCAAACUAUUUAGCAGAGUUGACACUAGCUGAAUAUAGUUUUCUUAAGUUUCUUCCAUCUGUUACUGCUGCGUCAGCUGUAUUUCUAGCCAGAUGGACACUUGAUCAAUCUAACCACCCAUGGAAUCCAACUUUGGAGCACUACACUACAUAUAAGGCGUUAGAUCUGAAAACUACAGUUCUUUUGCUGCAAGAUUUACAGAUGAACACCAGUGGAAGCACUCUGAAUGCCAUCCGUGAAAAGUAUAAACAACCAAAGUUCAAGUCCGUGGCAACUUUAUCGUCUCCAAAACCAGUCCAAUCACUGUUCUAGGAAAUGCUGAUCUUAAGUCCGGUUGGCCAAUUCAUGUUUGGCAGAUCCAUUGUCACUUUUUCAAGUGAAGGAACAUUAAUCUUUAACAUACAAUAAUCCAUCCUUCCUGGAAAGAGACGACACAUUCUUUUCAACCCUCUUUCAAAUUUUAACCACAUCUAUCAUCCUACCAUGUUCCAGCAGAUGAUACAGAAACAUGUAGAUUUCGAUGAAGCGGAUGCACUAAGUUAAAAGAAAUGGUAAUAUGUAAGUAACUUCACAGCACCUGGUUAGCUUCUUGCUAUCGUGUAUAUGGAGCUGUUUGAGAGCUCCUGUUGUUAAAUGGUUCCAACUUUGACGUUUCUAUUCAUUAAGCUUAAUAAAUCCUUUUCCAUCCUGGACUAGAUACAAGUCGUUUAA